AUGGCGUCCAACAUCCUCCAGCUCCCGUUCCGUCGCUCACACGCCGUCUCGCUUUCCGAUGCUAUCACGCAGUACAUAUCUUCCAAAUAUGACCAGCGCCCUGAUAUGUUCGCGGAGGAUCUUAUGAUAAUUGAUCGUCUAAGAUCUGAAGCUGUCAACGUCCAGGAACCGCAUUUCAGUGGUAUCAGCCGAUUAAUCACAUACGCAGCACAGCUGAAAUGGCUAGGUGGAAAGUUCCCGAUUGAUGUCGGGGUGGAUUUCUCAUGGUAUCCGGCUUUUGGGUUCAAUGCUGCGCGACCAGUAUCGCAGAAUAACCUCCGCUUUGAAUUGGCGAAUGUCAUGUUCAACCUCGCUGCUCUAUAUUCGCAACUUGCUUAUGCAACCAACCGGACGACCGCCGAUGGACUCAAGCAGGCUUGCAAUUACCUGUGCUCUGCAGCUGGCGUAUUGAACCAUCUUCGAGUUGAUAUCAUUCCCGACCUUCGCACAUCGCCGCCGGAGGAUAUGGAUGAGAUGACUCUUCAAAGUUUAGAACAGCUUCUGCUAGGCCAGGGCCAGGAGUGCUUCUGGCAGAAGGCUGUCAAGGAUGGACUCAAGGAUAGCUCUAUCGCGAAGUUAGCAGCCAAGGUGUCUGAUUUCUACGGCGAUGCCGGUGAUCUUGCUGUUAAAUCCAAUGCCAUCAGCACAGACUGGAUCCACCAUAUGACUGCGAAGCAUCAUCACUUUGCGGCAGCGGCUCAGUUCCGCCAGUCGCUGGACUGUUUGGAGAAGCGCAAGUACGGAGAAGAGGUUGCCCGCUUGCGCGACAGCUUGAUCUGUGUCAACGAAGGUCUGAAGGAGCAGCGGUGGAUCAACCGGACUGUUCUUGGUGACCUAAACGGAUUGAAGAGCCGUGUGGCAGAAGACCUCAAGCGUGCUGAGAAGGACAACGAUAUUAUCUACAUCAACCCUGUGCCACCGAAAUCGGAGCUCAAGUCCAUUGAACGCGCCAGCAUGGUUCUUUCCAAGGCUCCCUCGCAAGUCACCGAUGCGAUUUCUAUGCUCGGUGAUAAUGGGCCACUGGGACAGCCGCUGUUUUCUAAGUUGGUGCCAUAUGCAGUGCACAUUGCUGCUAGCAUUUACUCUGAUCGCAGGGAUCGCUUGGUCAACGAUACGCUCAUUGGGGAAUUAGAAUCUAUGACCGAUAAAUUACGGGACUUGCUUUCAUCCUUGAAUUUGCCCGGCUCUCUACAGGCACUCGAGAAGCCACUGGGCCUCCCACCAACCCUUGUCUCCCACGCAGAAGAGAUGCGCCAGCAAGAUGGCCUAAACCGCUUACACCGCUCGAUCGAAGAUACAGCCAAGAUCAAGGGAAAUGAUCAAGCAGUUUACAACGAGGGUGUUGAUCUCCUCAAAGUGGAGAAGGCAGAGGAUCUUGCAGCUCGCCAGAAGUAUGGCACUGACCGGUGGACUCGUCCAACCUCAGAAUCUGCAGCACCAAAGCUCUAUAAGAGUUUGAAUGAGAUCAGCGGCUAUUUCACAUCUGCCCAAAGCAGCGACGAUCUUGUACAGCGGAAGCUACAGGAUUCACACUCGGUCUUCCUCGUACUCACUGGCACCAACAGGGAUUUAGAAUCAUACGUGCCUAGUAGCAGACGAGCUGCUAUCCCGCCCCAUGUUGAGCGCGAGUCAAAUCGUCUACGGGGCUGUUUGAGUGAAAUCAGUCGUAUGGAGAACCGGAGGAAGCGGCGUAUCCAAACCCUCAAGGAUAAGGCACGAGCCGAUGAUAUUCACCCUGCAUUGCUGAGACAGACUGCACGCCUCGAACGCGAGUUCCCUAUGCAGGCUAUCCAGGCCAGCCAGUUUGAGGACUUGUUUGAAGAGCAACUCAAGCACUUUGACUCGGACCGCGAUAUGCUCGUACAGGAGCGCAGAGAUCAGGACAGCCUCUCUGACCAGGUUCGGGAAGCCAAUCGUGCAUUCACCGGUGCUCAUAUGGGCGACGCCUCAACCAAAGAGCGCGAGAUUGCUCUUCAAGAUCUGGAAAAUGGCUACUUGAAGUACAAGGAAGUUAUCUCCAACCUCGAUGUCGGACGCAAGUUCUAUAAUGAUCUUGCUAAGAUUGUUGCUCGCUUCCGUGACGACGGGAAAGCCUUCGUCCACCAGCGCCGCAUGGAGGCGAGUCAGAUGGAAACCGACAUUUCCAAUGCCCACGCAAUGUCUUCCCUACACAUCUCCCAACCCCAUCUCCGCCAACAACCACAACAACCCGCACCAUCUACUUAUACAGCUGCUCACCCGUCACAGCCACCAUCUCAACAUCCAACACCUGUUCACACCGCACGACCAGUUGACCCCACUCCCCCCCUAACAGCACCUCAGCCAGUCCGCGCACCCGUUGCUCCCCCUCCGGUUCCCACACCUGGAAUGCCAGGCAUGUGGUCACCUGAGAUGGGAAUUAGGUUCGGCUCUGCUGCUAUACCCCCCGGAGCGAACCCGGACCCGGCACCUGUUUCUACACCGGCUCAGGCCGUUCCAAAGCCUCGUGGUCCUCAACCCGGGACUUGGGACCCCAGUCAGGGAAUGCGCUUUUCCUGA